CUUCAGCCUGAACCCGACGUUCGGUCUAAUGGCUGAAAAACGCGCGCGUUUUCGGUCCAUCGUGGUUCUGGCAGCAGUGGUCGUCGCAGUGGCAGCCGAUUAUCUAGAAAAUCCCAAGUUUAGUGCACCCAUCACUAACGUCACUGUACCAGUUGGCAGAGAAGCAAUUCUAGCUUGUCUUGUCGAAGAUUUGGGAGGAUAUAAGGUGGCAUGGCUGCGUGUAGACACACAGACCAUCCUGACCAUUCAAAGUCAUGUGAUAACGAAGAACCACAGGAUCGGAGUGACCCACAGCGAACACAAAACAUGGUACUUGCACAUAAAAGAAGUGCGUGAGGCGGAUCGAGGGUGGUACAUGUGUCAGAUAAAUACCGACCCGAUGAAAAGCCAAAUUGGAUAUCUGGAUGUGGUCGUGCCUCCGGAUAUCUUGGACUACCCUACGAGCACCGAUAUGGUGGUACGUGAGGGAUCCAACGUGAAUCUUCGCUGUGUUGCCAAAGGAUCACCAGAACCUUCAAUUACAUGGAGACGAGAAACAGGGGAGCCUCUUAAAUUGUUAACAGGAGAAGAAGUGCCAAGCAUUGAUGGUCCUGUGUUGAAUAUCAGUCGCGUGAGUCGGCAACAAAUGGGGCCUUACCUGUGUAUCGCCUCCAACGGCAUUCCUCCAUCAGUCAGCAAACGCAUCAUGCUCAUCGUGCAUUUUCCUCCAAUGAUCUGGAUUCAGAAUCAGCUAGUAGGAGCAUACGAGGGACAACAGAUAACACUAGAAUGCCACUCGGAGGCUUUUCCAAAGUCUAUUAACUACUGGACCACUGAUAAAGGCGAAAUCGUUCCGCAAAGUGGAAAAUACGAACCAUCGUACUCGACGAACGGCUACAAGAUCCACAUGAAACUGACCAUACGGUCGAUAACUCCACAGGACUACGGGAAUUACAAAUGUGUAUCGAAAAACUCUUUAGGCGAUACUGACGGAACAAUACAAGUUUUCGCCAUACCUAAGCCAUCAAAACUUUCAAAUGGUUUAUCAAGGAAAGACAAACUAAAAAAGAAAACCAACAACGUCAUUGGAGAACUGGAAAAUAUCACCGACGGUUUGGAUGACCAGCCAGAUUCCUUGUUCCAAGAAGAGGAGUACGGUGCCGGGGAACGUGCAAAAACCGGACUUAUCUUUGUAGCUUUUUUAGUCGCGAUGCCUUUCGUCCUACAAUAAAUCUUACUCAUGUUGUGCUGUGUACAAGAGAAAUCUCAAGAUUAACGCUGAAACAAGUUGUGUUGUUCAGACGAUGAAUUUCUCUUCCUUAACUAUUUUUUAUAUGCUUCCAUUGCUACAAGUGGUUUUAGUGAUAAGGUUCAUUUGGAGAAUCAUUCUUUUUUUUUUGCAUAAUACCAUACACAAUCGUUAGAAAGGGCGAAUGUAUAUUAGUGGUUGCGACUGAUAACUGUAUUCUUUGUAAGUAUAAAUUAGGAAAAAAUAGUGCUUGAGAAAUAAAAUUAUUGGCAGUAUGUGUAAUAAUAAUAUUAAUAGGUGGAUUAAAUGCAGUCAGGGCCGCAUACAUAUGGAUUACAAGCGACAUGCAAGUGCUUAGUGUAGCAAAGUUAUGCACAUACUGAUGAGAAAACGAAUUUUGACAAAGGCUGUCCACAAAACUAGUCUCUUGUUGAGCUUUUGUGGUUAUCUGUUCUAUUUCUCUGUUUAAAUAAAAAUAAAUUUAGUGUUCAAAAGUCUGAAAGUCGCUAUGCAUAUCCUCAGUCAACCGAUCAAAUGUUUCUUCCUUCGUAUUUAGGUUGUUUAUUCUCUUUGUGUAUAAAAAACGAGUAUGUGAAUAGCUGUAACAUUCCAUUUUGUAUUGUAAAAAAAACUUGCUACUAAAAUUAAAUAAAAUAGUUU